CUUUUAACGCGUCUCCGUCUCCAUCACCACGACCUCCUUGCUUCUGUAUGCCCGUACGAUUUGAGGCGAGGAAUAUUCCUUUGAUAUUCAGCAUUGCGUGGCGGUGACGAAGCGUUGGGGAAUGCCGUGGUUCCAGAGCUAAAAUGCAGCCACCCGGCAAGAACGGGUUCUGGUGAGCCCAAGAUGGCCACAGCAGCCGAGCGGCCCCCGUCCUUUGGCGAAGAGGUGCCCCGGCAUUCCCAGCUCUGGUUGCCGCCCGUACCUCGGCGCCGGUUCGAGGCCAACGGUGUGGCAUCACCCUCCGUGAUGCGGACCAGCCUGCAGAAGUUGUCCGAGGGGAGGAAAGCGCGGCGCCUCACCUUCUUCCGCAAUGGAGACCGCUUCGACAGGGGCCUGGUGUACGCGCUCUCACUGGAGAAAGUGCGCACGUUUGAAGCCCUCCUGGAGGAUCUCACACGCAUAAUGGUGGACCUACCCAUGGGCGUCCGGUUCAUCUUUUCCGAGGACGGGCGGGAGAAGGUGUCCCAGCUGGAGCAUCUGUGUGAGGGCUGUGUCUAUGUGUGCUCCUCGACAGACCAUUUCGUGCGACUUCCAUACGGACGCCAGGAGCCGCCUCGUCCCCACUGGACCCUGGGGCGCAGCACUCGAGGCAUUCCAGGAACUCCAUCCUCUACACCCCCUGCACACCAUGACACCUUGCCCACUCACCAUGGCUUCGUGCGGCCCAAGCUCAUUACAGUUAUUCGCAAUGGAGUGCGUCCAAGGAAAGCAGUGAGGGUACUGCUGAAUCACAAAACAGCCCGAUCAUUUGAGCAGGUGCUCGAUGAUGUCACACAAGUGAUCAAGCUUGACUCCGGUGCUGUGCGCAAGGUGUUCACUCUUACAGGAAAGCCGGUGACCACUUUGGCUGACUUCUUUGGUCCAGAUGACAUAUUCAUUGCAUACGGCCUCGAGAAAUACUCGCAUGAUGACUUCGAUCUAGACUCUGAAGAGUGUAAGCAUCUUAAUGGCGCUAUGCGAGUGCGCCGAGAGCAGCGUUUUUCAUGUGGUCGACCAAUGUCUCCCAUUUCAGACGUGUCUUCGAACCUGAGUUUCCAGAGCUCCCACUCCAUUUCACCCAAGGCAUCCAAAAAGCUUCAUUUUACGAAUCAUGUGGUACUACCAGAGACAGUUGGACAGCUGUAUACGGUGCGGGAAAUGCUGGGUGAUGGCAACUUUGCUCGAGUCUACCAGUGCGUUUCCAGAGAGUCUGGUGUCGAGUAUGCACUAAAAAUCAUCGACAAAGACAAGUGCAGAGGCAAGGAGCAGAUGAUCGCCAACGAGGUGGCCAUUUUGCGGAGGGUUCAACAUCCAAAUGUGGUUCUGCUAGUUGAAGAGUUCAAUUUUGACACUGAGCUCUACCUGGUCAUGGAACUGGUCAAGGGGGGCGACCUGUUUGACGCCAUAGCAGCGGCGACCAAGUUUCCAGAGUACGAGGCAAGUCGUCUGGUCAGCGACCUGGCCAGUGCACUUGCGCACCUUCACUCGUUGCGUGUUGUCCAUCGGGACAUCAAACCCGAGAACCUGCUUGUGGGUGUGCGAGGCGCACUCAAACUGGCUGACUUUGGCCUCGCAACAGAACUUCCCCGGGAUGGAUCCCUGCUGUCGACGGUGUGUGGCACGCCGACGUAUGUGGCCCCCGAGAUACUGGCCGAAACAGGUUAUGCCUUGGAGGUUGAUGUCUGGGCUAUGGGUGUGAUCACGUACAUCCUUCUCUGCGGUUUUCCACCAUUUGUCAGUCAAACUAACAAUCAAGAUGAACUGUUUGACCAGAUUCUGAGUGGGCGGUUCGAGUUUAUGGCUCCAUACUGGGACAGUAUAUCUGCAUCAGCUCAGGAUUUGAUCCGAGGCAUGCUUCAGGUGGACGUUACACAGCGCUUGAGUGCAGUGCAAGUCCUUGCACAUCCUUGGCUACAGCAACAGGGAAGUGGAGCGACCAGGCAGUCUGGCGCAUGGCAAGUGGGCCUGCACUUUGAAGAGCGGCCACGUUCCAGCCUAGAUGCUGCUGGUGCACUGUCGUCAGCCAUGUCCUGACGCUACUGCUGGUCAGCACGAAGAAAGCUGCAUGCUGUGGAUGCUCAGCAUUUGGCAUCUCCGUAGUGCCAUCGGGAAACAGGAAAAAAAACUGUCACUGGGAAGCUUUGUGACCUUCAACUGCACCGGUGUUUAAAGUAUAUGUGCCUGUACCUUGGAGCAUUGACAUGCACACUUCAAGGGAGGCUUGCCGAACAUCACUGAUCAUCCGAAACCAAAGUCUCGAGUGCAUAUGGACAGUGUGGACGACACCAGUGCUACUCUCGCCACACACUACCCUGCAAAAGACCGUAGCUCCCACCUUGGACUCUCGGCUCACAUUGCACUCAGUGCGGCUAGUGCAGCUCCACGUGGCCAUGGUGUGGUGGGAAGUUUGGCAGUUUGAUGUCACGUAACAUAGUAUGCACAGUCGACAUUGAAAGUUCACAGGCCGCGGGGUCUGAGAAAACGUUGAAUUUUCUAACAGUUUGUGACCUUAGCCAGUAAAACAGAACAGCUCAGUGCUGUUUACCUGUACUAGUGCAGGUGGGAAAUCCAAAUACCAGGCUGCAAAAAUAUUCAGGUUUUUCUCAGAUCCCACGGUCCAUGAACUUUUUGUGCCAACUGUACAACCAACUGCAGAAGCUUUCAAAGCAUAAACACAUCGAAAGUCAAAUUUUGUGACAAGUUUGCUGCCUUGCCUGAAAUUCAAAGGCACAGUGUUGUGGUCGCAUGAAAUGCAGUGCAAUUUUCGAUUCCAUGGUGGAUAUGUCACCUUCAACGAUAUUUUUUCCCUACCGCUCGUGCUUUGCAUUGAAAACUUUUGCAGUUGGGUAGAACAUUGUUAUAUGAAUUGGUGUGGCACGCAAGCUGCUGCAUGGUCCCGGUAUGUUUUUACUGAGAUGAUGUCACUGGUGAAUGACUUUUAUGUUUUUAGCUGAAAAAUGUGCAAUCAGUUUCCCUCCACAAAAGCACUUUUCUGGGCUGUACUAGCUUCCCUGAUUUGUGAUGCGAGCUAGCCUUUAUACGACGUGCCUCGUCAUGCUGACGCAGGAUGAAAUGUGCAAGUUUCCGAGCAACACAUUUUUAACUAGUCAAGACCUGCAAGAGCGCCUGAAUGUGGGCACUGUGGCUCUCAUGUGCUCUCGGUCUUUUACUUGGCAAGCCAUGCUUACAAAGUUAGGCUGCUCUGCACGCAGAAUAGUGCAUGCACCACGGCAGUUUGCAUUUUUGCUUCAGAAUGACACGUUAUACAGUUUAGUUUUAGAUAAGACGUUCAGUAAUAUAAUCUUGCUUCUGUGCUUUGCUUCAGAGGCUUGGAUUAACAGGUCUUUAACACUGUGGUGAUAUUUAGAUAAAACAAUGCUGGUGUGUUUCUUCGGAAAACGCUCUAACGCCUCACUCUUUGUUUUCCUAUGUUUGCGUGCGCAUUCGAGUUGCAUGUUGCGUAAUGUGUAAUAUGGCACAUUAUCAAGUACCACACUGCUUUGAAGUAUAGCAAAAAUAUGCUUGAAAAGAAUAAGCUAACUUUGACAGCAUGGCAUGUUAAGUAUCGAAUGGGAAAGCAACUGCUUCAUGCUGUUGCUCAGUCUCUUUUUUUAUUAUUAAUUAUUAUGCUACUACUAUUAUUAUUGCCUUUUUCAUUAAUGCAUGUCUGGUGUUGGGCUGCACCAGUUUCCUUAGCAGCCGCUAUUAUUUACCAUGUUUCUUACUCAUUAUGUGAUCUAAUUUGAUGAAACAGAGCCAGAAGAGCUACGUGCGUACUCCGUCUCACCAGUUCCAUGCAUUGCAGAGAAAGCUGUGGGGCACGCCAGCCUACUAGUAAUGGCAAUAACAAGAAUCAGCUGCACAUCUUUCAUAAAGAGACAAGGGCUGGUUUCAUUACCCACCUCUAAUUUCUCAUGAUCUCUCCAGUCAGCCACAGUUGCACAUACGUGGUUGAGCAGUGGAGAAUGGGCGAGAGAUACAGCCAGUUCUCAUUAUUGAUCGGCUGACACGAUCAUUAGCUUUUCACUGCACUGCGUGGAACCGGUGAGGUGGAGCUUUUGUUAUGGAGCGGAAGGCAUUUCUGCAGCAUGUGAGCUUGUUUUUGUGUCAUAACAUUUAUUUCCUUUUGUUCUUAACUUUGCUUAUUUUUUUUCAUGAUUGUUAUGCAUGUCCUGAUGUUUUACUAUAGCUGUUCUGCCUUCAUUUUUAUAUAAGGAACCAGAGUUUAUUUUGCAUAGAGUAGGAAUGACGAUGAGUUCGUCGGUUUGAAUUCAAGUGAACUGUGCAGCAUGAAAGUGGUAAGAGAGCAGUAGACGUAGUGCUGACACAAGCAAAACAUUUACUUGGAAAAACAUGGGUACAAGUGGUUGUGUCUGACUUGUUCUUGUGGUGCAUAUUGAAUGAAAGGGCUCUGCACACUCAACAUGCACUUACAUUUUCCUGAGUAAUCAUUGUGUUUCAAUGUAGUUCUGGCUUCUGCCUGUCCCUUCUGUUUAGUUUCCAUGCUGCAUAGUUCACAUGAAUUCGUGGCUUUUAUUGAGCCUUUCUGCCUUUCUUGAUGCCCAAGUGACUUUUUAGCUGCACCAAAACGUAACACACGCUGCUUUCUUUAUUUUCUUUUUUUUUUUCCUACUGAAUGAUAUUUUAAAUGCGUGUUGUAUGUCUAACGCUUGUAUUCUUUUAAAGGUUUGUUUUGAAAGCACAUGCAGGUUGACAGAAUGAAGUCUACAACAGCCAUACAUGAAAGUAUAACACAGUGGAACGCUCAUUAUGCACCCCUUGUUUACGUGGCAACCUACAUUAUGGAUUACUGCUAUGCAAGAAAUCCUUGCAUUUUUGUAAACGCACGAAAUGUAUUAAUUGUACAGCAGUGAGGCUAUGUGCAUCAUACUUUUUAUUAUAGUCAGCUAGCACCAAAAUAAAGCACUCAGUUUCACCUGAAGUAAAGAAGCAGUGGGUAUAAUGUCUAGAGCAGUAUUAAGUGAAUUACGACUUUCAGUGCUUUAGGGAGUACUGACUGCAGUGAUUGUUCAUAGCAAUGCACAGAUAAUCUGAGCAUCAUUGUUAGUCAGGAGCAUGAGUUUUGUAUGUAACCUGCCCAUCGGAAAGCGUGGUGCUUUAUUCUUGACAUCUGAGAUCAAGGAGAAUUAAACAGGCCAUACCAAGUAUGUGCAGAGGUGUGCUGUACAAAGGACCAAGGACUACAAAACGUUGCGCAAGACUUCUCUAGUUCUCUCCGCUCUGUCCAUUCUCUCGCCCACUGCUGUGUGCCAAUCCUGCAGCUGUCCCGUUUUCUGCACCUCUGGAGUACCACAGCUUUCGCUUCUUAAUAUUUGCUGUCUUCUUUUUUUAAUUCUUAUUGCCCGUUUUCUGUGAUCUCGAGUCUAGUUUAUGUGUUAUCUUACCCACCAAAGUGCGCUGUGCAGCGGCUUAAUCGUGAGAGAUAGCUCAUCUGGGUGCCCACACUUUGCCGCUGUCCAGGUUGCCCCACUGAUUGGAUUGUCAGCUAGCUGAACAAACGGUCCCUGAAAAGGAAUGUUGGCGUCCACUGAAAAGUAGCAUGAACCUAUGGAGGAAACCGAUAAAUUUUCCUUAGAAAGACGUCUUUGCAUCUGAGUUGUAGUUUAGCGCUGCGUCCUGUUGUUUCUUCACUCUGUCCCUGUCUGUGUGCGCUGUUACCCCCUUAGAUGCUUUACCAACUAGCCCACCAAGCCAUCCUUGUGAAAGUCUUUGCAGUUGUAACUUUGUGUCAGUCUCAGACGAAUGUCAGACGAAUCCCUGCGCAGAUUUCCAGAGAAGUCAUUUGUUGAAAGGUGGCUGGAUUGAACCUUCUCUCCUUUCACAUUUUAUUUGUGUUUUAUUCUACCCCUGGAGCAACAACCCGGCGGUUGUCUUUACUGAGGCUAUGCUACAGCUGUGACCCUUGACAAUGACACUAGCAACAACGUGAUUGCAGCUGUAAAGUUGCAUAACAGCUUGUUCGCUGUGGCAGCACCAGGUGCAUGAAGGGCACAGAUUUUGUUCCUGCCACCCCUCGCCGCAGUAGUGCUGCCCAUUUUCUGGAGAUUAUCACGCUGAAUCCACUUUAGUACAAAGGCCUCACCCAGAGAUCUCCAAAUGUCCGGCAUUAACCAAGCUAACCUUAUAACCUCAAAUUUCCUAGUCUCAUAUUUUCAUACCCAUCAUGGAGGACAUGUCCUGGUGGCUGCGGCAUUUUGUUGAUGAGCAAUAUGUCGCAAGUUCGAUUUAUGUCUGCCGUGGUCAAGUUUUGAUGGGAGUGGAAGGCAAAGAACUCGAUGUACCAGGCUUUAGACAGACAUGAAAUAGCCCCAGGUUAAAACUAUUCCAGAGCCCACCAGUAUGGCAUCUCUCAUAGCCCUUAUGCUGUAUCAAGAUCAGAUAGGCAGAAGUCUAGAUGGCGAUAGAAGUAGCAAAAUCUUAUUAAAUCAAGUCAAGCAGGCUAGGUGAUCAUUUGUCCCCGCCCCGUUUCAAAGGGGAUGCCAAUGAUCGCUACCAUCAUCAUCAGCAGCAGCAGCAGCUUGCAUUCCCAUAAAUGAAAUCAACUUUGCAUUUUUCUUUUUAAAACCAGAUUAGUAACUGUGCCAAGUGUUAUACUAAGUGACGUAGACUCCUAAAUGCAAUAUCCAAAUUUGAGCAGGAACAGUGCAGUGCAGGGGUAACCGCUUUGGGACAUAAAACACAUUCAUUCAUUCAUUCCAUUCGUUCAUUCAAAUUUACCACUCCUCCUAAAUAAUUAUCUUUCACCCUCUGCUGUGCUUCACGUUUUUGGUAUCCACUGGUGCUAUUAUAAAACUACCAGUUAUCUGUUCUACUCAUGGCAUGGACUGCUGAGUGUUUUCUUUCUUUGAACCUUAAUGUUUGCAGCAUUUAUCUAAUAAGUGUGGUUUCUCCAGAGUGCCACAGAUUACCUAUUAGCACAAAGGCAACCUAGAAUUUCCACAUAUAUUUUCAUACAGUGCCUAGCAGCACAUCUGUAAUUGUUGCUUGCUCUUUUUUAGAGAGGUUGGAGUAUUGCGAUACUAUUACUGUAUUUCACAGCAUUUUACUGCUGCUGUAACAGUUGCAUAAUUGGUGUUCCACUGCAAUCACAAGAGGGGAUGUUCAGAAAGUAUGCUCGAACGCUACACUUAUUGAUUAGCAUUAUGUAGGUGGAGUCUGAGCGAUAUGAUAUUCGGUAAUAUGUUUCUUUGCUCAUCGAAAGCAAACUGUUAGCCAGAGAUGCAUGUCAAUUAGCUUACCCAACAACCACACCAUGAUUGAUAAACCGAUUUGUUUCCUUGGUAUGCAGCUGUACUGUAGCCAAUGCCACAAAGUUUGUUCAAAGAAACACUGAAGGCAAACACUGAAUCACUCUAAACUGCUGAAUUACCCUUCUAGAAACCUUGCACAUAGGUGACUAAAAGGUAGAAAAAAUCGCAACGAACUGGGCUGUGCUUCCAUAAUUCAAAUUGCCAACUACGAAAGGGGUGGUGUGCGUGACCAGACACUGCCCUUCAUCGUGUACCAAGAAGGGUGCUGCAUUGUUUAUGGGCAAAGGCCAAAUGACCAGGAAGCAGAGCUGACAGUAAAGUGAAAAAACAAAACAUAGCAAUUGAACGGCUGUCUGCAUAAACAUAUCAUAAAAAGUUGACGAAGCUUUGAACUCACAUUACAGUGGGCCUUCUUGACGAUGCUCCCAUAGCUUAUCGUGUACCAUGCUUUGGAUGCACGUCAAAGAACCUCAGGCAGUCAAAAUUAAUUCAGAGUCCCCCACUAAGGCAUGUCUCAUAAUCAUAUCGUGGUUUUGGAAUGUAAGACCCCAGAGCUUAAUUUUUUUUUUCCUUAGCAUAUUACUUGUGCAAACGUGUCGGCGAUCUCGGACAUCAUUCUCUAGCAAUGUUACCACUUUUGCUUAUCUUUUGAACCAAAGAGCCUCAUGGGGUGAACGCUAUACUUGAACAAAUAAUGAUGGUAGGGUGUAUUGGGAAUAGGUAGUGGAGAGAAUCGCUUCUAUAGUAAAAUUCUAUAAAGUUAGCCAACCUGCAUUUUCUUUCUUCUUGAAAUAUAGUGUAAUUGCCUCUUUAUUAUCAGGUGUUCACUACAAUUUGCUAGCUAUAAACAAUGCAUCAUCAGAAGCAGGUACCCUACUUUCACACUGACAGUACAAUAUUUAUCCUACGUUUACAUCAUAUUUUUUCUUCCAAAAGCUCCAUUCUGAGUUAAAGUAAUGCUUUGGACAUUUUGAAGCACUAGUCCAUCUAGCUUGUCCUAAUGUUUGACUUUAGUGUCCCUUUAAGAAAGGAUGUCCUUAAGUUCUAAAACUACUGUUUUCUUUGCAAUGGCAGUCAAUGCCAUUUUGUUAUAAGGGGCUUACCUAACGACAAUCCCUUGGCCCUUUGAACAUGGCACCUACAGCAGCCCAAGGAAGUUCUUGUAAUAUGUAAACUGCACAAUAAUUCAAAUGCUUUGUAAUCUGAGCACAAGGCCAGUUAUGGAGGGCUGCAUUCUACAGGUGCACCCAUGAAGUGCACAUCUUAUCACCUGGCUUAGGCCACAAUGUACUUGAAUCUUUUUUCUUUUUUUCUCCAGAAUUUUCACAUCAGGAAAACUUGUCCUGGCUGGCUUACUGUGUUGAUAGUAGACAUGGAUGCGUGGACAUUUCGGAAUGUUCUGCUUUUCUUUAAAAUAGAUUGACUUGGCCCUAAAACAUUAGGAUACUUUUCUUUUACUUGUAGCUUAAAAAAAUGUGUGGCUUCUGCAUGAGUUCAUAUUCACACUGUGGGCAGCAAGGAACAAUAGAGACUUGGUACUUCAUGUCUUGUGAUAAUAAUUUACACAAUUUACAUUUACAAUAUUUACAUGAGUACUGGGUAGUAUGUGCUGAGUCACUUGCAAUAUGAGAAUAGGACUCAUCUACACAUGCACGAUGCAGUGCAGUCAUGAUGCUGCACCUGCAUAACCUUGGCCCAAAGUAAUGUGCAGCUGUAUGUGUGCUUUGUUUCCUUAGGCACAUACUCACAUUGCCCUGGUGAGAGGCUGUGUGUGCCAGUGUCUUGAAAAAAAUAUAACGAAUACCUCAGCUUAUGGGCCAGCCUAAACAGUGGUGCUCUUUACUGUAUCAGGCAUUUUAUGUGUGAUGGCUGAACACAUCUCUUCAUUAUUUCUCUGGUGAGAAACAUGCUGCUGAUGUUCCGGUGAUUUAUGGGCCCGCCUGCUAUUGUAAACCUUUGAAAAUGUGGAGUUUCAUGCUUUUUGUGAAGCAUUCAAGAGGCAAUUUGACAUCCGCUGUGGUAGCUCGGUGAUUAUGCCUUGAGAUUGUGUGACAGCUGUGUUCUUAUUGGGGAGCAGGAGUGCUCAUGUGCUUAAAUUUAAGUGUGUGUUGAUGAAUGCCAGGUUGUCAAAGUUGACCUGGAAUCUUCUGCUACAUUGUGCCUCGUAGCCCACGGCGCAGUUUUGGAGCAAUGAAGCCCCAAAAUUGGCGCAUAUAUACAGAAAACCACUGUGUUUUCUGGCUGAUGGCACAGUAAAAGUUCAGCUGUGACUUCCCAACGCAAAAAAAAAAGGUCGCGCACGUCGUUCUUGCAACAAAAUUUCCUGGGGAGUUGUCACUAUCUUGUAAGAUGACAUCUUAUUUCACACAUAUUUAAUGUAAAAAGGACAGUCCUCCACUUGGAGGUGCCAGUUGGUGGUUUAAAGUGCGGUUGUCCAUGCCAAGCAGUGCAGUCAGCACAGUAGCUGUGGUUGCUUGUGGCCGCUAUGCACAUAAUAGUAGACCCAUUCUAUUUUUUGAUACUGUAGCGAUAAAAUAUAGCAGCCAGGAAUAUGCAAGAUGCCAAAUGUGUCAACGUCGUGAUGGUCGGCAUCCAGUGGCAUCAUAACCGAGAAAACAUAUUAGCAAGCCUCGGUUGUAACUCUUGGUCAUUUGGGCACUCUCAAUGCUUGUUAAGCCAUGGAGCAUCAAAUUCGAUAUUGAUAAUGCACUGCUGCAUGACAGCUUUCAUUUGAAAUUAUCAUGAAUUAAACUAAUGGUAGUUGAGAUCCUCUAAUGGCAUCAAACAUUGCUGUCACUACACCCUUACCUAAUUUACCAAAUGUGGAACAAGAACAGCUUGCAUAAGACAGCAUAGAUUGCAGCAGAAGCUUUAUGUGUUAAAGUUGGUUCGCACCAGCCACUGUUGCUUGGCAUCAACUGACUAAUCAACCUGUUAAACCAGCUUAUUAAAUCAGCCUUAGUCACAGUGAAAUAUAUCAAUGUCUUUUGACUCGGCCUAAUAACAAAAAAUUGGCAGUUUCGCCCGAAAGGCAAAGCACUGACUGCGAGAGCCAAGUUUAAUAUUGCACUUAAACUUCUCGGACGGUGUUCUAACUAUGCGUUUACACGGGUCCGACUAAGGCAGGUGUGGGUGCGGCAAAAUUUCUGGUACCCUUACAAACUUGAACACGCCGCAUAGGGCCUGUAAUGACAUCGCACCGGCGGCACUACGCUGCCCGUAAGGAGCCAUGCUACUAAAAUUACAUUGCUUUCAGUUUCGAGCACUGUUAUUGUUUUGCACUUCUAAUAUUUAAUAGUCUUGAAAGAUUUAAGAUAACAGGCAUGCGCUGUGAGUGUUAUGUUUCAUGACAUUUGUUUGCGGGCUGCCAUUCUCAAAAUUUGCAGGAAUUCACAUGGAGUGUCCAUAUAAUUGCUAUCGCAAUAAUAGGGUGAUGUAGUUCAGUUAAACUGGGCAAGAAAUCAUGCAGGUUUUUUUCAAUAAACUAACAAAAUUGAAGGAAGUGGUUGCACUGUUUGGCGGGAUAGAUAUCCCAUAGAAGUUGCUACAGAUGUGAAAUUGAUUCUUUUUAAAGUACAUAUAUCACUGUUCAAAUUACUCUGACAACUGAUUGUAGUUAUAAACAUGAGCGAAAAUACAACGAAUAGCUUUUACAUCAUAAAACUGUGUAAUGUGUUGUACAUUGUAGCAUUGAUUUUACUUCUGCGUGGCCCUUGUUUGAACCACUUAUUAUUUGUAAGCUGUUAGGAAAAGCAAAAAUUUAUCACUGGGCAACGCUUUUAUCCUUUGAGCAAGUGCAUUUCUAUAUGUGACAAUGAAUGUUGCAGGUGCUGAAAGUUUGCACUCACAAAAAAAAAAAAUAAUAAUAAUUCAGCGUUUUAUUGAUGUCUAUAUGGAGCAUGUGCACACAGACACAGACAUAGUGCAUUUUUCGGCUGUCAUUCAUCUGGUUUAACGCAUCUGGUCUGAUGGUUGAUCCAUCAAGAUAUCUCACACCUGUUCAGUAGUCUGUGAUAACUGAACUAAUUUAAGGCACUCUUGAGGUUAUAUGUUCACAUUGAAGCAUAUGUUCCUCUCUACAUGAAUAUUUUUGUGAAUCAUCGUACUUUGUCCUGUAGUACUAUUUUUAUAAUUUAUUAUUGGAUACAAGUGCAGUUCCUACAUGAGACUACUUUCAUAACUUUGGGGUUUGUAUGCUAGCUGUGACAAGCGAAAGGAUGCACAAAAUUUGUGGCUCUUACCCUUCUGUUUUAAUUGAUUUGGUUACGCAAGUGCUGUACAGAUGAACAGUUUGUAACAAGCAAUAACAAUAUCUGUAUGGGCACGAACACACUAAAAAGUUUGCAGUAGGUCUAAGUGAAUUCCCUGCAUUUAUGAAUAGAAAAAAAAAAAAGUUUCGCCAACUGUAUGGAAGCCUGAAGUAGUGCUUUUUUUUUUUUUUUUUUUUCUUCCUUUCUUCUUGUUACUCUGAAAGCCUGUUAGUGGUGAUUUUAAUGAAGCCCAAGUGGUAUAAUUGUAGAUAUCUGUGUUCUUGGCUCUGUUUUUAUGUGAAUGUGAAAUAGUGUAUUAGGUUGUGUGAGCAAAUUACUGGAUGUCUGUCGGAGCGUCUUUAGAGUUGUGAAACAUGUUGGUGCUUCUCUUGAUGUGCUUGAUAAGUCUGCCUGUUUGUUGCACUAAAACUUCAGUACUUUUUACACCUAAC